CGACUUUUUUCCCGCAGCGGCAGCAACUUCUUCGCCGACGAGCGUGGAAUAUAAUAAUAGAAGUAAGGAGUUGUCUUCUAGACCGGUUCUGCUUGGUUUGGUAUCCAGACCUGCUCUGUUUUCACCGCCGUAGCGCUCUGUUUCUGCUCUCCAGGGCUUCUUCUCCCUCGGCUGCACAACUUCUUCUCCGCUUCGCUCGCAUCUCGCCAUCCAUCACCACCACUCCACACUAUGACAGUCCUGCCCGCACACCCGCACCACCCGCGAACAUCCCUCCUAGAUGUACUCUCAAAUGACCUCGUCCUCCGCGAGCUGACGCCCUACCUCGACCUCCGCUCUCUUCUCGCUCUCAGCGCGACGUGCCGUACCUCCCGCGCGCUAUUGCGCAAGCCGGGAUCAAUACACUACAUCGACCUCUCAUCCUGCUCGUUCCACACCGUCUCCAAAUUCCUCUCUCUCCCCCAUAUCGCACAGAGCCUGCGCGUGCUGUUUCUAGACAACUGCUCGCUCGACGACGAGCUGCUUACCUCUCUCUUUCUCGAUUUCCGGCUCCGUCAUCUCAGCCUCUGCAGGUCAUUCGGAUGGUCGCUCGAGCAGCUCUGCGAGAUCCUCCAGCGGUACUACAUCAACCCCUUGCCCGUAUGCGCGGCAUCUCUUGUCGCCCAAGAAGCAGCACGUUCAAAAUCCGCUGCAGCUGCGCGGCACCACGCCGGCCGCACUAGCUAUUCGACCUCUCCGGCGUCGUUCUCGCUAUCAUCAGCGCACUCCGCUGCCUCGCUAGCCUCGUCGCCGGCUACGGAUUAUGAAUACAACAACAGCGAGUCCUACGAGUGCUUCAACGACCCCGAGAUUGACUACGCCGCCGCCGCUGCCGCGGAAGACGACUACCUCCCGCCGCCCAUCGACGGCCAGCAUCCGCAGUGCUGCACGCCGAUGUGCGCGCGCAGACCCACAAUCAAAUCCCUGUCCCUGCUCGGCGGCCCGACCUUUCCAACCGACUCUAUCUCUGUCACGGCACCUAUAUUCCAGGUCAUCGCGCGCGAGGCAGGCCUCGCAACCGACCUGGUCUCGUGCGAGGCGCAUCCCGCCAACGCGGCCCCACUUCCUCUAAUGCCCCUCCUUCCCGACGGCAGCGGCCCUGCUGACGGGCCAGCUGCGCCGGUCGGCUGGUUUUUGGCGGCGGAUUCGUCGAAGCAGUGCGCCGAGUGCGGGAACGGGGCGCAGAGACUGUGUCUGCGGUGCUCGAUGUUGCGCACGUGUAGUACGUGCCAAAAGUCAUGGUGCACAAACUGCGAUCCGCAGGCGUCGAAGGCGAGGCUGGAUUGCUACGACUGCGGACCGACUUGCGAGGAUUGCCGAGUGGGAACGGUCAGCUUCUGCAAGUUUUGCAAGGCAAAGUACUGCCGCACGCAUCAAGAGGGUUCGACCGAGCUGUACUGCGACUGGUGCAGUUCCCGAGGAGGUCGGAACAGGCACUAUUUCUAGAUAUCGAGGUAUUUAUGGAAGCAAGAGGUUGCAUUGUGUCGGGAGCAUGUUCAGUGCAGAUAUGACGUAUUAUUAAAUGUCCGGGGCGACGGCGAGAUUAGGAGUUUUCUGUUUUUUAAUAUACA